AUGAAGAUGAUUCCGGGCGUGGUGAUCUUCGCCGCAUUCGUGAGCGCGCUUGUCGUCAGCCCGCAGAUUACUCGUGCCGAUAUCGUUCCAGCCAAGCCCGGCACCGAACUUUUUAAGCAGUUCCGCCCGGUUUACCAUUUCUUGGGACGUGACAACUGGAUCAACGACCCUUGCGGACCGUACUACGACGAGGAGACUGAUCUCUACCACCUCUUUUACCAGUACAACCCCAACUCGACGGUAUGGGGCAACGCAACAUGGGGACACGCCGUGUCGAAAGAUCAAGUGACAUGGGAGGACUACCCCAAUGCUCUCCGUCCGUUCGAGGAUAAGUGGGACUACCUAGGCGUGUUCUCGGGAAGUGCUAUGGGCAACGCCAUCGGUGGCAAGCGCACAGUGUUCUACACGGGUGUCACGGCACUCCCCAUCCAUUGGACCAAAAAGUAUCUUUUUGGUGAGCACGUUGUGUACGCCACUACGGAAGACAAUGGCAAGACCUGGCAGAAGGGUAGUGAGCCUCUGAUCGAGCUACCACCUGAGGGCCUAAACGUCACUGGCUGGCGCGAUCCCAACGUUUUUCACUCGAAGGCAUUGGACACUCACUUCGGCUACGUCGCCUCCAACGGCAGCAACUAUCUAUUGGUGGCUGGAGGUAUCCACGACGUCGGCCCCCGCAUUUUCCUGUACCACGCGGAAGACUACGUCAACUGGGAGUACAAGGGCUACCUUUUAUCACAGGAGAAGAACACGACGUUCUCUCCCUACAGCGCGAACUGGGGCUUCAAUUUCGAGACCACGGUGUACCGUGAAAUUGAGGACGAGGAUGGUGAAGUGCACAACUUGAUGCUAUUCGCCGCGGAGGGUGAUCCGAACCGGUACCCGAUGUGGGCCACGGGCUCGUUCUCCGGUGGUGGCUGCGGCGUGGAGGUCGAUCCUGAGGCGGGACUAUUCACGCCUCUGAUGGUGGGUGUGUCGGACCGUAGCGACUGGUACGCCAACAUCAUUUACUCGGACAGGGAGAACAGGAACGUUCUUCUUGGCUGGAUCACCGAGGGCAACAACUUCACCACGGGACAACCACAGGGCUGGGACGGUAUCCUGUCGGUGCCCCGCGAGGUAGGUAUCACCAUUGUGCGUGAUAUCUAUGACGUCGACGUGCACCUGGUCGGUAAGGGUGACUGGAUCGUGUCCAACUCGAAGGACGUGUCGUGUGGUGACGGCACGACCAAGCAGAGCAAGACCAUUAAGACGCUCGGCGUUAAGCCGCUGAGUGACCUGCAGCUGCUCCGUAACGAGAACGCGAUCGAGCAGGUAGCGAGCGUGUCGGUGAACGGUUCGUCGCAGGUGCUGAACUCGACGGGUGCUUCGUUCGAGCUGAUCGCUGAGGUGUCGGACUUCGAGCGCGGCAGCAAGGUGGGCUUCGAGGUUCGCCGCAGCUCGGCUGGCGAUGAGGUUCGCCGCAGCUCGGCUGGCGAUGAGGUGACGACCAUCGUGUACGAUGACGCGGAGAAGAAGGUGAUUAUUGACCGUUUGAAGAGCUCCAACACCGAGUGUGCCGUGUUCAAGGACAACGGCGUCAAACCGAUUUCGGACUCUGUGUGGGGAUACUUCUACCUGUAUGACCUGUUCACGGGUGCUUCUCAGAACGAUGUGUGCGAGGCCACCCGCGAGAAACUGAGCUUCCACGUGUUUGUGGAUGUGUCUAGUGUGGAAGUGUUUGUGAACGGCCGCUUCUCGCUGUCGGCCCGCAUGUACCCGUGCGCCACCCGGACGAAUUCGGACGGCAUUGCUCUGACGGCUUCCGGUAACGCUACGUUCGAGAAUGUGCAGGUGUGGACGGAACCUAAGCACGCUUGGGCUGAGACGCGCACGGUUCCCACCUUUUAA